GCGGCCAUGCUGGCGGCGGGGCUGGUGCUGCUGCUGGCGGCGGGGCUGGGGCAGGGGACAACGCGGGGCGUGCUGCGGGAGGAGCUGCUGCUGCGGCCCCUGCCCGUGGGGGACGUGGCCGCCGUUUUCCAGUUCCGCACGCGCUGGGACGCCGACCUGCAGCACGGGGCAGUCUCUCACUACAGGCUCUUCCCGAAGGCGCUGGGGCAGCUGGUGGCAGCACACGGCGUGCAGGAGCUGCACCUUGCCCUUACGCAGGGCUUCUGGAGUACCCAGAGUUGGGGGCAGCCGCCCCUGGGGGCCCCUGCUGGCGCUGAGCUCUGGGUCUGGUUCCAGGACACCGUCCCUGAUGUUGGCAAAGCCUGGAAAGAACUGAGUAACAUCCUCUCGGGAAUAUUCUGUGCUUCUCUGAACUUCAUUGACUCUACCAACACAGUCACUCCAACAGCGUCCUUCAAACCCCUGGGUGUAGCCAAUGGGACAGAUCACCGUCUCCUGCGAUAUGCCGUCCUGCCCCGGGAGGUGGUCUGCACAGAGAACCUCACACCUUGGAAGAAGCUGCUGCCAUGUGGCUCAAAGGCUGGUCUGGCUGUGCUGCUCAAGGCUGAGCGGUUGUUCCACAGCAGCUACCACUCGCAGGCAGUGCACAUCCGCCCCAUCUGCCGGGAUGCUUCCUGCCUGGCUGUUUCCUGGGAGCUCAGGCAGACACUCACUGUGGUCUUUGACAGCUUUACCACUGGCCAAGGAAAGAAAGAUUGGUCCCUGUUUAAGAUGUUCUCUCGCACCCUUACCGACGCGUGUCCUCUGGCAUCAGAGAGCAAGGUCUAUGUUGACAUCUCUCCUAAGAACAAGGAAAAAGAGUUACUGGAAGUGACCCCCACACCAACAUCUGUACACGAAGCAAUUGUCCAAGGAGACAAGACAACCUAUGCAGUCUAUGACCUGCUCAGCCCUGUGCUCUUCAAUACAUCUCGUAGCCUCAAUGUGCAGCUGAAGUGGAAGCGGCCUGAAGACAGCUCGGAACUGUCAACACCCAUAAUGCAUGCUCAGCGCUAUGUAAGUGGGUAUGGGCUGCAGACUGGAGAAAUCAGCACGCUCAUCUACAACACUCACCCAUACCGUGCUUUCCCUGUGAUCCUGCUGGAGACUGUGCCGUGGUAUCUGCGACUCUAUGUGCACACUCUGACUAUCAUAACCAAGGGAAAAGAAAACAAGCCAAGUUAUAUUCACUACCAGCCAGCCCAAGACAGGAAACGACCUCACCUCCUGGAAAUGCUGAUCCAGCUUCCAGCCAAUUCUGCCACCAAGAUCACAAUCCAGUUUGAGAGGGCUUUACUGAAGUGGACAGAGUACCCUCCUGACCCUAAUCACGGCUUCUACGUCAGUUCAUCUGUACUUAGUGCCCUGGUGCCCAGUGUCUUCGCAAUGAAGGAUGUGAAUAUGGAGGAGAGCCCACUCUUCACCUCACUGUUUCCUUCCUCCGAUGGCUCCAGCUAUUUCUUGCGCCUGUACACGGAGCCACUGCUGGUGAACUUGCCAACACCAGACUUCAGCAUGCCCUACAAUGUCAUUUGCCUGACGUGCACGGUGGUGGCUGUGUGCUAUGGCUCCUUCUACAACCUGCUAACUAGGACAUUCCACGUGGAGGAGCCCAGCCGUGCAGGGCUGGCCAAGCGGCUGGCCAAUGUCAUCCGCAGGCUCAGGGGUGUGCCGCCCAUCUGAGAGCUUGGGGCACGGCCCUGGGAGGAGCAGAGCCCUGCUGCCUCCUGCCUUUGCUGCCUGUGUCCCUCUCCUGGGUCCUACAAGCUAAGGGAUUGCUUCUGUAAUUAAGGUGGGAAGCAGCUCUAAGCUCGUUAACUACUGAACUGCACUUGUACAGGGUUAGGAAACGUGUUAAGUAUUCUGUUUGGGAGAAGGGGUAAUUUAUGUGCAGGGAAAUAUGCUGAAAGUAAACUUGAGCUGUUUUGUA